AUGCCGUAUCCCGGACGAGGCCACAUCAACCCCCUCAUGAACCUGUGCAAGAUCCUAGCCUCCCGAGCCCCGCACGUCGCCAUCACCUUCGUCCUCACGGAGGAGUGGCUCACCCUCAUCGACUCCGACCAGAAGCCGAGCAACGUAUCCUUCGCCACCAUCACGAAUGUGCUCCCGUCCGAGAGGGUCCGCGCUCAGCACUUCUCCGAGUUCGCUGGGGCCGUCUUUACGAAGAUGGAAGCCCCGUUCAAGGAGGUGCUCGAUCGGCUCUGCCCUCCGCCGACCCUCAUUGUUGCCGACACGCUCCUUUUCUGGGCAGUCCACGUCGGGAACCAGAGGAACAUUCCGGUGGCCUCGUUUUGGACAACUGCGGCCACAAAUUUCUCCUCCUUGUACCACUCCCUACUAGAGCAGAAUGGCCAUUUACCACAAAAUUUUGUCAGCCCUCGUUCUAAAACUACUCAGAUUUCUGACGAUAAAUUUUGUUAUGCAGAGAUUCCGCUCAAUUUUCAACUGGGUCCGUCGAGCACAGUACCUGUUUUGCUUUCUUCUGUGUACGAGAUCAAAUCUCAGAUGGUCGACGCUCUGAAGCCGAGCCUGUCAUUUCCAAUCUACACCAUCGGUCCAUCCAUCCCGUACUUUGAGCUCGAAGGCAAUCCUCGCUCGAACAGCGACUCGAAUUAUAUAAUAAAUUGGCUGGACCGCCAGCCGGGCAGCUCUGUUUUAUACUUGUCACUAGGUAGCUUCCUUUCGGUGUCGAGCUCCAAAAUGGAUGAAGUCGCGGCGGGGUUGCGCAACAGUAAUGUCCGGUUCUUGUGGGUGGCACGUGACGAGGUUUCUAGGCUGAAGGAACUGUUGCCUGACGGCGACAUGGGGAUUGUGGUGCCAUGGUGCAACCAGUUGAGGGCAUUGACACGUCCAUCGGUCGGGGGGUUUUGGACUUGUUAG